ACUUUCGGGGCGCCGGCGACCGAAUGCUUCCUUUGCCAAGAUGGCGCCGGGAGGUAGUGGCGGCGGCGGCACGCAUUGCUCGAAAAGCGAGGCCGAUUCCGGCUUCCUGGGACUGCGGCCCACUUCGGUGGACCCGGCGCUGAGGCGGCGGCGGCGAGGCCCAAGAAAUAAGAAACGAGGCUGGCGGCGGCUCGCACAGGAGCCGCUGGGGCUCGAAGUUGACCAGUUCCUGGAGGACGUGCGGCUGCAGGAGCGCACGAGCGGUGGCUUGGUAUCAGAGGCCCCAGAUGAGAAACUCUUCUUCGUGGACACCGGCUCCAAGAAAAAAGAGCCAAACAAGAGGAGGAUCAAAAGCCAGAAAAGGUCACUUCUUCUCAAGAAACCCCUUCGUGUUGACCUCAUCCUAGAGAACACGUCCAAGGUCCCUGUCCCCAAAGACAUCCUUGCCCACCAGGUCCCCAAUGCCAGGAAACUCAAACGGAAGGAGCAGCUAUGGGAGAAGCUGGCCAAGCAGGGCGAGCUGCCCCGGGAGGUGCGCAGGGCCCAGGCCCGGCUCCUCAACCCUCCCGCGACCAAAGCCAAGCCUGGGCCCCAAGACACCACCAAGAGGCCUUUUUAUGAUCUCUGGGCCAAAGACAACCCUCUGGAGCGACCCCUGGCCGGCCAGGACACCUUUUUCCUGGAGCAGACCAAGAAGAAGGGGGUGAAGCGGCCGCCACAUCUGCACACCAAGCCCUCCCAGGUCCCUGCCGUGGAGGUGACACCGGCUGGAGCCUCCUACAACCCAUCCUUUGAGGACCACCAGACCUUGCUGCUGGCGGCCCACGAAGUCGAGCUGCAGCGGCAGAAGGAGGCGGAGAAGCUGGAGCGGCAGCUGGCCCUUCCCCCCUCGGAGCAGCCUGCCACCCAGGAGUCUGCCUUCCAGGAGCUGUGCCAGGGGCUGCUGGAGGAGUCAGACGGGGAGGGGGAGCCGGGCGAGGGCCCGGACAAGGGCCCCGAGGCGGAGGCCGGAGGGGAGCAGGCCGCAGGCGCCGAGGCGUCCUCCGCACCCGGCCGCCUGGCCGCCGUGGAGAAGAAGACGGAGCAGCAGCGGCGGCGGGAGAAGGCGGCCCGGAAGAUGCGGGUGCAGCAGGCCGAGGUGCGGGCCGCGCGGCUCCGGCACCAGGAGCUCUUCAGGCUACGCGGGAUCAAGGCCCAGGUGGCGCGGCGGCUGGCGGAGCUGGCGCGGCGGCGGGAGCAGCGGCGGGCGCGGCGGCUGGCGGAGGCGGACAGGCCUCGGAGGCUGGGGCGGCUCAAGUACCAGGCCCCCGACAUCGAUGUGCAGCUCAGCUCAGAGUUGUCUGACUCUCUCAGGACCCUAAAGCCUGAAGGCAACAUUCUCCGCGACCGUUUCAAGAGCUUCCAGAAGAGAAACAUGAUCGAGCCUCGGGAGAGAGCCAAGUUUAAGCGCAAGUACAAAGUGAAGCUCGUGGAGAAGCGGGCGUUCCGUGAGAUCCAGUUAUAGCCGCCGUGGGAUGCCGGAGCCCCCACCCCACAGUAAAACCCCGCCGACUGACACCCCGUGUGACUUGUCUCUCUUCUGGGGGCAGCUUCCCUCUCUCUCUGUGUCUCUCUCUAGCACCAGAACAUUCGUCUCCACUAAAGCCCGGUGUGGCAAGAUCUUAGGGAAAGUAGGCAGAGGAGAUGGGGCUUGCAGGCCGGUGGGGGGCCGGGGGGAGGAGGGGUGGAGACCCCAGCUGGGUGUCCGACGGGACGCCGCCCACAGCUCUCUGCCCGGGUGACUGAGAGGCAGGCCUUGGGUAUGACCCUGUCGCAUGGGCGUUGCUGACGUUGGCCGAGCACCCUACUGUACUUUUAAGCAGAUGGACUCCCUCCCAAGAGGGGGCCGUAAAGGUGAGGGACCCGAAGCGCAUCAGAAGGAACUAAUCCCUCCUCCCCAUACCGCUUUAAAAAGGAUUUUUUUAAAAAAAACCUUUUUUCUACAAGUAACAGAGGACUGUAUUCUCAUUGUAAAUCGCUGAUUGACAUAAAGAUACCGAAGCACCGUAAUUACUGCCCUGAGCCUUUGUUUUCCAGUCAAACCCAUUCCCUUCUCUGCAAAAGUAACUGUCACUGCAGUUCAAUGUGAAUGAUUCCGGUAUGUUCCAUGUGUGAUUCUAUUAAAUUAUACACAAAAGUACAUACGAAAAUAGAAUAGUUUUAAUUUUUCUAUGUCUUGGCUACAGUCCUACCGCAUGUAGUUCUAUAGGUUGCUUUUUAGUGUGUCUUCUAGAGAAGUUUCUGUGCCUGUACAGGGUGCUUCUCUUAGUUUUUAGAGCUGCAUACCCUGAGUUUCAGUGAAUGAGUGUGCCGCGCCGUGAUUGGCCCCCGUUGCUCCAUCUCAUGCCGGGGCAGGAACAUCGUACGUGGGCCUUUCCACAUGUAUCUGUAGGACAGGGACCUGGAAGUGAAUCUCUGGGCUGUAAGGGAAAAUACAUGUAAAGGGUCAUUUGAUAGGUUCAGUCAAAUCCUCCUCCAUGUAGGAUGUGCUGGUUUUUACCCUCCAGCGACAUCAGAGCCUGCUUGUUUGCUCCUAGCUUGCCUACUGUAUGAUCUCACAGCCUUCGUUUUACUCUGGUGGUCAGUGGGGCUGAGUAGAUGUGUGCAUACCAUCACCGGCACGUCCGUGCUGCUCCAAACCUCUGCACCAUUUUCCUCCUAGACUGUCAUUUUGGUGACUUGGAGUAGCUCUUCAUCGGUUAACGGCUCUUGAAGUCUGUCCUGCACGUUCCAGACGUUUCUCCCAGGCUGUUGCCUUUUUACCUUGUGCCCGGUGUCCUCUGUCAGACGGAAGAAGACCGUGUUUGUCGUGUUGUUAGCCUUGCCUUCUUUUUUAUCGUGGCCUUUGGAAAGGUUUCUCCAGGACACGAUGUUUAUAAAAAUAGAGCAAGCAGUUUAUAAAAGAAGUGGAUGAAGGGAGAGACUAAUGUCAGGGCCCCCCCCGCACCCCACUUCCUCCCACAGCCCAUGAAAUAUCAGGGCUUUAAGGAACUGUUCCUGCUCCUGCCGCCCCCCCCCCCCAUAAAAAUAAAAAGAAGUGUUGUGCAGA